AUGGUAGGCUACAAGCGCUUUUUCAGGCAAAAUAUUGCUGCCAAAUUCAUUCUAUUCUCUUUGAUCGCUAUCUCAUUGCGUGCCCAGGCUGCGUCCAUAGCCCCAAGAAUCUUCAACGAAAUGGUGGUGAACAGCACAGAAGGCUUCUAUGAUGAAACCAACAACAUACCUCGUAGUACGGCCCCUCCCACAUUUGAAAUGCCUCCACUUGUGGUCUGUUCCAACAACUGUACCCUCAAUAGUCCCUUCACUGGGUAUCUUGAUAGCACGAAACAUCAAGACCGUGAUUAG